GGUGGGACCGGGGAACCAAGAUUCGGAUUAGGUAAACUAAUAAUAGCCCAUUGGUACUUGCGCUGAAACAGACAGCCCUAACUAAUAUUGAUUCGCUAAAACUUCGGUUGUUGAGUGCGCCGCCUUUUCGUACCCCCCAACUCGAAAAUUAUUACUAUCCACGAGCCCCGCCGUCGCGCCGAGUGCGAUAGAGAGCUGAGUGAGUGAAAGCGAAGCACCUAUCGAGGAUUGGAACCAUCACUUCAACAACUUUGUGUCCCGAACCAGCCCUUCACGAUGAGCGGCCUCCGAAACGGUGCGGCCCCCGUACGUGCCAUGGAAGACGACAGCGAUGUCGAGGAAGAGGCCCUUGUUGCCGACUACAAGGAGCAGGUCCAGUACGAAGAUGGCAUGGAGGAUUUGGAGCGCGUCAGCUCCUUGACCAUGGCUCAACAGGCCGAUGAUAUCCAGUCCAAACUUGUCGCCGCCGCCCAACCCCUUGACUUCUCGGCUCCUUUGGAUGUCAAGUUCCAGAGCUACGAUGCCUACUGCAAUCUCUUCCACUACAUCCUUAACUCGGACGGGCCUGUUGAUCUAGAGCCACCUUCGCAUUACUGGGCUUGGGAUGUGAUCGAUGAAUUCAUCUAUCAGUUUAAUUCCUUCUCUUCGUACCGUCUCCGACUCGCACGCCAAGCACGAGACAAUGAAGAGGAGAGGCAGAUUCUGCGCGAGAACCCAAACACCUGGGGUUGCUAUAGUGUACUUAACGUCCUGUAUUCCCUGAUCCAGCGGUCACAAAUUUCCGAGCAGUUGGCUGCCAUGAAGCGAAACGAAGACCCUGCUGCCGUUGCUGGCGAGUACGGCUCCAAGACUCUCUACCGAAUGCUUGGUUACUUCUCCAUUAUUGGUCUCCUACGGGUCCACUGCUUGCUGGGCGACUUCAGUCUUGCUCUUAAGACGCUUGAUGACAUCGAACUUAACAAGAAGGCUAUGUUCGCCCGUGUCAUGGCCGCCCAUUUUACCACGUACUACUAUGUGGGAUUUUCCUACAUGAUGAUGCACCGAUACGCCGAUGCCAUUCGCAUGUUCAGCCACAUUCUCGUCUAUGUAUCGCGCACUAAGAACUUCCAAAAGAACGCCCAAUACGACUCCAUCACCAAGAAGAAUGACCAGAUGUAUGCCCUCAUUGCCAUCUGCGUUUCAUUCCACCCGACUCGCCUGGAUGACACCAUCCACACUGCUCUGAGGGAGAAGUAUGGCGACCAGCUCCUUAAGCUGCAGCGUGGAGGGCCUGAAUCCCUCCCUAUCUUCGAGGAGCUCUUCCGGGCUGCUUGCCCCAAGUUCAUCUCCCCUGUACCCCCGGAUUUUGAUAACCCGGAGGCCAAUGUGGACCCGAUCGAUCACCACCUCUCCAUCUUCAUGGAUGAGGUUAAGACGAACAUGUGGAGUCCCACCGUUAAGUCCUAUCUACGUCUCUACACAACCAUGGAUCUUAAGAAGCUCGCUGGUUUCUUAGAGGUGCAGCCGGAGGAAUUACGGUCUCUCCUUCUGGUUAACAAGCAGAGGACAAAGCAGCUCCGCUGGACUGACCAAGCUCUUCUGGAGGGCGAAUGGGUAAAUGUUAGCGACUUAGAUUACGCACUACAAGGAGAUUUGAUUCAUAUUUCAGAAGCUAAGGUGGGACGGAAACUAGUAGAUUGGUAUCUGCGCAACUUGUCGCGGACAUAUAACUGAAACCUCCACACGGAGGAAAUUGAUCCUCAUCUCGGCAGAUAUGGAGCAAGAAAAGGCGGGGUUUGGGGUCACUGUAUGUCGGGGUAUGAUUUACGCAACGGGUUCCUCGUCGAUUUGCAUUGCACAGGCGUCAUGGGUUACGUUACGGGCCGC